UAGGCUGGUAGUGGUAGUGGGAUUUAAAACAAAAAAAAAGUUGGUCGGUGUGGACUGUGAACGGAGGAAAGAAGGAGCCAGUAAAAGUUAGGAAACUGGUCGAAAAGCCACCCGACAGCAGACGAGUGUUUUUUUAAAAAAAAACUACAACCAAGCAGGAGAAAGGGGAAGGGAGUGGAGUGGAUUAAAUAUAAAAAAAGCGGGGAUCAGGAACGGAAUAGAGAGAGUCGGAGAGACCUGACAAGAAAAGGAGACGAAGUGAGAGGAAGGGGUCUGUCGGUGUGAGUGCCCCGGCCGGCGUGAGGAGGAGGCGGUGGCAGCGGUUAGAGCUCGAGCAGCGGCGCGAGAGGGCAGCGCGAGCCCCAGGGAGGGGGGCGCAGGCGCACGAGGACCAGAGGCCAGGCCAGGACCGGGUCCCGAGCUUCCCCACUCCCGAUUCACGAUGGACUUCAAGACGGCGGUGUUUAACGCGGCCCGGGACGGCAAACUGCGGCUGCUGCAGAAGCUGCUGACCGCCAAAAGCCCGGACGAGGUGUCGCAGCUGGCGGCCGAGAAGACCAACGGCGCCACGGCGCUGCUGAUGGCGGCCCGUUACGGCCACCUGGACGUGGUGGUUUACCUGCUGGAGCAGUGCGGCGCCGACGUGGAACUCGGCGGCUCGGUCAGUUUCGACGGCGAAACCAUCGAGGGGGCGCCGCCUCUGUGGGCUGCCUCGGCCGCCGGCCACCUCACCGUGGUGCGGUCUCUGCUCGAACACGGAGCUUCGGUCAACAACACCACCCUAACCAACUCGACCCCGCUGCGGGCUGCCUGCUUCGACGGUCACUUGGAUAUCGUCAGGUACCUGAUCGAACACCGCGCUGACAUGGAGGUAGCCAACAGGCACGGCCAUACCUGCCUCAUGAUCUCUUGCUACAAGGGUCAUCGGGAGAUCGCCGAUUACCUUCUGCAGAAAGGAGCUGAUGUCAACAGGAAAAGUGUGAAAGGAAAUACAGCCUUGCAUGACUGUGCUGAGUCUGGGAGCCUGGACAUCAUGAAGAUGUUGCUUAAGUAUGGAGCCAAAAUGGAGAAAGAUGGCUAUGGGAUGACCCCACUACUUUCAGCCAGUGUGACUGGUCACACCAAUAUUGUGGACUUCUUGACUCAACAUCCACAAACAAGCAAAAUUGAACGUAUUGAUGCCCUAGAGCUGCUUGGAGCCACGUUUGUGGACAAGAAGAGAGACUUAUUGGGAGCAAUGAAAUACUGGAAGAAAGCUAUGGACAUGCGAUACAGUGAUGAGACUAAUGUUCUCACUAAACCAGAGCCCCAGGAGUUAAUAAUGGCUUAUGAUUAUGCCAAAGAAGUAACCUCUCCAGAGGAACUGGAAGCCUUGAUUGCUGAUCCUGAUGAGAUGAGGAUGCAAGCACUUUUGAUCAGAGAGAGAAUACUAGGUCCUUCACACCCUGAUACCUCUUACUAUAUUAGAUACAGAGGUGCUGUGUAUGCUGAUUCUGGCAAUUUUGAAAGGUGUAUCAACUUGUGGAAGUAUGCUUUGGACAUGCAGCAGAACAAUUUGGAUCCAUUAAGUCCAAUGACAGCGAGCAGCUUGCUGUCUUUUGCUGAACUUUUUUCUUUCAUGUUGCAAGAUCGCACAAAGGGUGUCUUGGGAACUUGUGUGUCCUUCAAUGAUUUGAUUGGAAUAUUGAGCAAAAGUGUCUUUGAGAUAGACAGAGCCAUGAAGCAGGUACAGACUUCACCUGACUUAAUACAAUUGAGCAAAGCUCUCUCAAUAAUUCUGCACCUAAUUUGUUUGUUGGAGAAAGUGAAAUGCAGUUCCGAGCAAGAACAUCUCAAGCGCCAGACCAUUUACAGAUUUUUAAAACUUAACUCCCGAGGGAAAACUGGGUUUUCCCCACUACAUCUUGCAGUUGAUAAAGACACUACUUCUGUGGGUCGCUAUCCAGUUUGUAAAUUUCCAUCUUUUCAAGUCACUGCAAUGUUGCUAGAGUGUGGUGCAGAUUUCAAUGCAAGAGACUUUGAGGACAACAGCCCACUGCACAUUGCAGCACGUAACAAUCAUCCCGAAAUCAUGAAUCUUCUAAUAAAGGCAGGUGCACACUUUGACACCACAAACUCCCAUAAACAGACUGCCUGCGAUUUACUGGAUGAGAAGGAAAUGGGGAAAAAUUUGAUCCAGCCCAUCAACCACACAAGUUUGCAGUGUCUUGCUGCCUGUGCCAUAGUAAAACACCAAUUAGUUUACAAAGGACAGAUUCCAGAAAAACUGGAGGCUUUCAUUUUGCUCCACAGAUGAAAUGAAUGCUUUUUAGGUUGGUUUCUAGAAUGCCUGUAAAUAUGGGAAGAAUUUUGUUGCGUGCUUUAGUUUUCAUCUGUGCGUGAAGAGGUGUUGAAUGGAUUCAGCAGCUGUUAGUGAAUUUGGAUUGCAUGUUUUUGUUUUGCCCUCUGGGUCACCUUGCAUUGCAAUUCAUGCACAAUGGUAAUGCAUGCGUGUGUAUAUAGUAUCUUAUAUCUGUUCAUCUGUAUUUUAAUGGAAGUCUACUGUAUGCUGCUUUGCUUUUUGUUUAAACUUGAUUGUUUGUUUAUUAUAAUUUGGAGUUCUAGCAACACCUCUGCUAAACUUGGUUUAUGUUCUGAAUAUUUACAAGUAAUGAAAUGAUUAGAUUCAAGUUGACUUUUCUAAGUUUCUUGUGGUCCAGAUUAGUGUAGAUGCAAUAUUCCCACUGAGAAAAGAAAACUGGCAUUCUGUUUUGUUGAUUCUGCACACUGUCAAAGCUGGCUUUACUGUCAAUGCCUUAAGUGCUUUAAAGUCUCCCAGUGCAAUGGCUUGGAGAAAAUACUGCUCAUGUUAAAUACAUCACUAUGCAGAUAUUGGAAAUUGAUUAGAACAUUGGGCAUCUUUCUCAUGCUUUUUGUGGAGUGCUCAUUUAUUUAAAAAGCUUUGUUUUUCAAACUGUGUUAGGUAUUCUGACCACUUUAUUGAUGGAAGCACCUAGAGCUUUUUUGAAUAUAAAUAGGGCUAUAUCCUUGAAGUUGCUGCAUUUUGACUCCUUUUUACUGUGUUUAUGGAGUGAGGAGAGAGUUGAACUACUUUGAUCUAUACGAGUUAAUGCAUCAUUAAAUGGAUUUCAAAUCUUUUUAAUAGCUUUGUACAGCAAACUCAGAUGUUUCCGUUGAACAACAACCUGCCUACAAGGUAUUGAUAAAUACCAGAUAUUACAGCAAAGUAAUACAUGAAACAAUAUCCACAUUACUGUUGAAUCUGGAUGUGACAUUUGAGGGCUAAGUUGGAUUCGGGCAAAUACUGUAAUUCUGCACUUUACUGAUACAGAUGAGAAUUAUUGUGGUACACUGGCCAUGUAAUGUCUUAAAUGAAGCAUUCGAAAUAAAAUGCACAAAAAAAAGCUGCACUUGCAUUCACUGGUAUGA